UGUAUCGUGAAUGUCGUUCAGACGCUGUCUGGCGACGUAGCUAAGUUAAAGGCUAGCUAGCCGUAUUACUACAUUGACUGUUUAAAUUGGUUGUUGACCAAUGAAAUGUUGCCUGUUUUUGAAAGGAGCGGUAUAAGCUUACUUUUUAUGUGCAUUGCCAAUUCGCAAUAAUUACUAUCUUUGUAUAGGCCGUUUUUACAAUCAGUUUAACAAUGCACUUUGGAGAGACGUUUAGCAUCCUCCAAGAGUUUGUGCGACACUGCAGAACUUCGAGAUUGCAGUGGAAAAGAAGUUACAGCUUCCUUAAAGAUGAAGUCAAAUCCAUUCGAACCGUGGUCAACCCAGAUAUCUCUAAAAUCCGUAAUAUUGGAAUCAUGGCGCACAUAGAUGCAGGGAAGACUACCACCACGGAGCGGAUGCUCUAUUACUCUGGCUACACCCGUACCAUCGGAGACGUGGAUGACGGAGACACUGUGACGGACUAUAUGGCUCAGGAGAGGGAACGGGGAAUUACCAUCCAGUCAGCUGCAGUCACCUUUGACUGGAAGGAGCACAGGAUUAACCUCAUAGACACGCCAGGCCAUGUGGAUUUUACACUAGAAGUGGAGAGAUCGCUACGUGUGCUGGAUGGAGCAGUGGCUGUGUUUGAUGCUUCAGCAGGUGUGGAGGCACAAACCAUGACAGUGUGGCGACAAGCAGACAAACAUAAAGUGCCCUGUGUGUGCUUCCUUAAUAAGAUGGAUAAACCAGGAGCCAGCUUGAGCAACUCUGUAGAAAGCAUCAAAUCAAAACUGAAGGCCAACCCCAUUGUUCUUCAGACUCCCAUCGGUUCUGGAAGAGGAUUCAUUGGACUGGUGGACCUGAUCACCAAGCAGCGAAUGACAUGGCCAGUGUAUGCCAUCGAGGACGGGCGGGUUUUCGAGAGUAGAGUGCUGGAGUCAACUGAUGACCCACAGCUCCUGGAUGAAGUGAGCCUGGCCAGAGGAGCGCUCAUAGAACAGGUGGCAGAUGUAGAUGACGACUUUGCCGAGUUGGUGCUGGGCGAGUAUGCAGACCACUUUGAUGCAGUGCCUGCUGUGAAGUUGCGAGAAGCCGUGAGGCGGGUGUCGCUGGCACGGAGGGCUGUGCCCGUGCUGUGCGGCAGCUCCCUAAAGAACAAGGGGGUUCAGCCACUGCUGGACGCCAUCACUGCCUACCUGCCGGCACCCAACGAGAGGAACCACGACCUGAGGCGCUGGUAUAAGGAUGACUUGUGUGCACUGGCAUUUAAAGUGGUCCAUGACAAGCAGAGGGGUCCACUGGUGUUUUUAAGAAUCUACUCUGGCUCUAUGAAACCUCAGUCGGCCAUAUACAACAUCAACAGAAAUGGAACAGAGAGAAUGAGUCGCCUGCUUGUGCCGUUUGCAGACCAGCAUGUUGAAAUCCCGUCACUGUCCACAGGGAACAUUGCUCUCGCUGUGGGCCUCAAACAGACGGUGACGGGCGACACCGUCGUCUCAUCCAAAGCAGUGGCAGCAGCGGCAGCACGGCGAGCUCAGCUGGAGUUGGAGUCCGGGAGGGAGAAGGGCUCGGGCCCAGAGGUGAGCAGCUUGGUGCUGGCCGGAGUGGAGGUGCCCGAGCCCGUGUUCUUCUGCUCCAUAGAGCCUCCCACCAUGGCCAAGCAGGCAGACCUUGAGCAUGCUCUGAACUGUCUACAGAGGGAAGACCCCAGUCUGAAGGUCAAGACAGACCAUGACUCUGGACAGACAGUUCUGUGUGGUAUGGGAGAGCUUCACAUCGAGAUUCUGCAUGACCGCAUUAGGAGAGAGUACAACAUUGAAACACACCUGGGACCUCUUCAGGUGGCCUACAGAGAGACCAUCCUCCAAUCAGUAAGCACUACAGAUACCCUGGACCGCACGCUGGGUGAAAAGAGGCAUGUUGUAACUGUAGAGCUAGCUGUGAGCCCUGGGAUGGAGUCUUCUACAGGCACGUCCUGUCAAACCACUUAUGCAGAGGAAGUGGAAGCCCAACUUCCAGCUGAUAUCAGAGAAGCAGUGAACAGUGGGAUGCAGAGUGCUUAUCUCCAAGGUCCUCUGCUGGGUUACCCUAUGCAAGGAGUGAGCACUGUGAUCUGCAGUGUGGCCGUGGAACCCGGAACUUCAUUGGCCAUGGUGUCUGCCUGUGUGGCCCGAUGCAUGCUUAAGGCUUUGAAACAGGCAGGGGGUCAGGUCUUAGAGCCUGUGAUGUCACUGGAGGUGACUGUGGGGGAGGAGUACCUGAGCCCCGUACUCGGUGACCUUGCCCAACGCCGAGGAAGUGUCUGCGACAUCCAGAGUCGCCACGACCACAAGGUGCUUCUGGCUACGGUCCCACUUGCAGAGACCAUGGGCUAUUCAACUGUCCUGCGCACUUUGACCUCAGGGAACGCCACCUUCUCUCUAGAGCUGUCCAGUUAUGAGCCCAUGAAAUUCCAGGACCAGAAUGCAUUGCUAAACAAGAUGGCCGGUCUAGCCUGAAGUUACUUUUUGUUUUAGAAAUGGACUUUUGUUUGGCUAUAGUAAAGCUGUUGUUUUAAAAAGUGUCAUUAAAAGUGUCUGUCUUUCCUUCACAGUUUCAUUUUAUGUUCUUUUCCGUCAUGUCACCAGAGAAAAGUCAAAUAAUAAAAUGGAUCAAUAACUGUCA